AUGGACACCCCCCACAACCGCUCCUCUAUCGACACCAUCAUCCUCCUCUUUGCAACCCUCACUGCGACGAUGGCUUACCUUCAUCAUGUUCGCAAAAUGAGGAGAAACAGGCCGAUGCGAAGAGUCAUCCAUAAUGGCUACUGGAACGUGGAGCGGCAGAUAGAAGAAUGGCUUCACCACAGACAUCAUGGCAUUCGGACGUCCCUUGGCCUUCACGUCGACGAGUUCCUUGAUAUCAAAGACUUUCUAGAGGCGAAUGGGAUUGAAUUGGAGACAGAAGGAGUGUCAGCAAACGCAAGGCUGGCGAUGGCGCUAUAUAUGUUGCGCAAAGGAGCGUCACAGGCUUCUGUCGCUGAAGACUUUGGCCAGAGAAGCGAGGAUACAGUUUGGGGCUCCUUUUGGACGGUGGUUGAAGCAUUGGUCAGAGAAGAUAUCUUCCGCCAGUGGAUCAAGAUGCCUACCGCCGAAGACGGCCCACAUCCUAUACUGGCGGAUUACUCGCCGUUCGUUUUCCAGCAUGCCCUCGGGGCAGUAGAUGGAACACAUGUCUAUGUGAAGGUCCCCCAAUCCAGCAAAAAAGCCUACAUAUCGGGCAGGAAAGAUUCGCCUACCAUGAACGUCUUUGCCGCCUGUAACUUCGACCUCGAUUUCAUCUCCAUCUUUGCUGGUGUUGAGGGCUCGGCACAUGACUCCAGGGUCCUGUCAAUGGCCAAGUCACAAGGUCUCUUUGAUCUGCCUCCCGAGACCUACGUUUUGGGUGAUGCUGGGUAUGCACUCUCGGGCACUAUCCUGACCCCUCACCGUACUGUGAAGUAUCACACGUGGGAACCCGGAGCAAUCCCUCAGUCUGCCGAAGAAGAGUUCAAUCGGCAGCACGCAUCUCUGCGAAACUGCAUUGAACGCGCCUUCGGUCUAUUGAAAGGCAGAUUUCACAUCCUCCGCGACAAACCUCUACAACAAAAGCCCAAAAAUCAAUGGAAAGUCGUGGUGGCUUGUGCAGUGCUCCACAACAUGCUCAAUGCUCACCGGCGCGGCGGCAUGGAUCCGAUGGAUCAGGAGGAGAUGGAUGAGACGAUGCGUCGUGAAAGGGAAGAUAGGCAGGAUAGAGGUCGGAGGGAUCGCACAACGGGAAGUGAAGACGAGUCGUUGCUUGUUGGAGUGGAUGAUAUGAGGAGUAGGCGCCAGCAGUAUACAGAUAUCCUUUGGGAGAGGUUUCAAGCACGACGGCCUCGGCGAGGACGGCCUAGUGGGCGAGGACGGCCUAGGAGACAAAAUCAGAAUCGGGGGCAAUAUGAGUAG